AUGGCGUACCAUACGCUCCGACAUGAAUACAUGCAAAUGCCACCGGUCACCAGAGCGUACACCACAGCCUGUGUAAUCACCACCCUAGCUGUUCAGUUGGAUGUUGUCUCCCCGUUUCAGUUGUACUUCAAUCCAUUGCUGAUACUAAAGCAAUUUCAAGUAUGGAGAUUGAUCACAACUUUUCUAUUUUUCGGAAAUAUUGGUUUCAAUUUUCUAUUCAACAUGAUAUUCACAUAUCGUUAUUGUCGUAUGCUCGAAGAAGGAUCAUUUCGUUCAAGAACAGCUGAUUUUGUUAUGAUGUUUUUGUUUGGUGCCACAUUAAUGAUUAUUUGGGCAUUUUUCAUCAACCUAUUAUUUUUAGGACAAGCACUAACAAUAAUGUUAGUAUAUAUUUGGUCACGAAGAAACCCAUACAUUAGAAUGAACUUUUUUGGUGUAUUAAACUUUCAGGCUCCAUACCUGCCAUGGGUGUUACUUGGUUUUUCGAUUCUGUUGGGGAACACACCAUGGGUGGAUUUGAUGGGAAUUGCUGUUGGCCAUUGUUAUUACUAUCUAGAAGACGUGCUUCCUCAACACAGAGCCAACCUUAAGAUACUUAAGACACCACUUUUCUUAAAACACCUUCUUGAUCCAGCGCCAGAAGAGGAUCACGUGCCACCACCAGAGUUUCGCCCGGGAGGAUUUAAUUGGGGCGGAAAUGCACCUGAAAUUCCACCUGAAGGUCGUCAAAAUGAAUGA